GGAGGGCGUGCGCGUGACGCCCUCCGCGCUCCGCCUCCCGCUCCUUGCUCCCGGCGCCGCCGAGCUCGCGUCGGCUCGGCGCGGGCGCAGCCAUGGAGCCGGAGCGCGAGUGCCGGGUUCUCUCCAUCCAGAGCCACGUCGUCCGCGGCUACGUGGGCAACAAGGCGGCCACCUUCCCCCUGCAGGUUUUGGGAUUUGAAGUUGAUACGGUGAACUCUGUCCAGUUUUCAAACCAUACAGGUUAUGCCCACUGGAAGGGUCAGGUGUUAAAUUCAGAUGAACUUCAUGAACUGUAUGAAGGACUUAAGCUGAAUAAGGUCAACCGGUACGAUUAUGUGGUCACAGGGUAUACAAGAGACACAUCGUUUCUUGCAAUGGUGGUUGAUAUUGUCCAGGAGUUGAAGCAACAGAAUUCUAACCUAGUAUAUGUAUGCGAUCCAGUGAUGGGUGACAAAUGGAAUGGAGAAGGCUCUAUGUAUGUGCCCAAGGAUCUCCUCCCAGUCUACAGGGACAAAGUUGUACCUGUUGCUGAUAUAAUUACUCCUAACCAGUUUGAAGCAGAGUUACUCACGGGCAGGAAGAUUCACACAGAAAAAGAGGCUUUAGAGGUAAUGGAUAUGCUCCAUGCCAUGGGACCAGAGACUGUGGUGAUCACAAGCUCGGAUCUACAGGCCCCUCUAGGAAAUGACUACCUAAUUGCUCUGGGAAGCCACAGAAAAACUAAAGCAGAUGGUACCAAGAUGACACAAAGAAUUCGAGUGGAGUCUCCUAAAGUGGAUGCUGUCUUUGUUGGAACGGGGGACUUGUUCGCUGCUAUGCUUUUGGCAUGGACACAUAAGCAUCCAAACAAUUUGAAGGUGGCAUGUGAAAAGACUGUGUCAGCCAUGCAGCAUGUUCUGCAAAGGACCAUUAAGAGUGCAAAAGCACAAGCUGGAGAAGGAAACAAACCAAACUCAGCCCAGCUGGAACUGAGAAUGGUCCAAAGCAAAAAGGACAUAGAAAACCCAGAGAUCAUAGUGAAAGCCACCGUGUUAUAAAGAUUUUUAAAUCUUACCAAGAGUUUUAAAUCUUGCCCCACUGAAGGUCUCUAGUUCGUAAGAUGUUGUCAGAAGACCCCUUGCCAAGUGAUGUGAUACAGCCUGUCACAGCUGGCUUGGAGCACAGCAGCUUCAAACAAACAGCCCUGUUGGAUACCACCUGCAGACAGGUACUCUUGUCCUGUGGCCUGUAUUUAGUACACCCCAAGUGUUCACGUGCCUAAUAUGUGCUACAUGUGAAUGUAAGACGUGCUAGGGAAGAAAACUGCAGGGCUUGUUGCUGGAGAUGCGACGAUGGAUGGAAACACUGGAGAAUUUAGCACCAUCCAGUGACCUUGUCCUCUGCUGUUAGUGAUUGUUUGUGUAAUGUAUCCCUUUCAGUAUUGCUUGCUUUCUGGAAGAUGGGAGGGUGACAGCCUAUAUGCUGUUUUGAUAUGCUUUUAGCUAGCUGAAUGGGAAAUACAAAUUAAGAUUGAUCAAAUGGAGGGGAGGGAUAGCUGUGAAUUUGCCCAAGAUCCGAGUGAAUAAAUCUUGAGAUUUGUCUCUAAUUCACAAAUAAUUCAAUAUUGACCAAAUGGGUGCCAUGUCUCCAAUGGAGUAGCAUCUGGAAGAGGCCAAUAUUUAGGGUUUUUGCCCAAAGUACGUUUAGUCCUGCUCUGCUGUUUAGUGAAAACGCCCAGUGCAGAUGCCACCAGAGCCUCAUCUCGUUGAGUAACGCUGUAAUAAAAAUGUGGUUUUCUUGUGAAAGUCUUGACCUCUUCUUAUGAAAAUAACACACAACUCAGUAUUUUCAUGGUGUAUAAGUGAAAUGUAAUUUUUUUUUUUCUUUUUUUCCAAUAAAAUACAUUUCCUUUCCUAAA